AUGUCAAGGAAAGCUGUCAAUUUUAAUAAGUCGAGUGUGUGCUUCAGCAGGAACACGAGUAGAGAUGAUAGGGAGGGAGUUGUGUCUGUGCUUGGAGUGGCUCAAGCUCCCAAUUUCGGGAAAUAUCUGGGCUUGCCAGCAUUUGUUGGACGAAAUAAGAAGGCAGUUUUUUCGUAUGUUGAGGAUAAAAUAAAUCAGAGUGUAGGCUCCUGGAGUAAGAAGUUAAUAUCACAGGUUGGAAAGGAAGUGUUGUUGAAAAGUGUGGCACAAUCUAUGCCAACCUUUUCUAUGAGUGUCUUCCUCCUCCCUCACUCGAAGUAUGGAGGUUUGGGUUUCAAGGAUUUGAGAGCUUUUAAUCUGGCAAUGUUGGGCAAACAGGCCUGGCAUUUUUUGACUAAACCCCAAUCUCUGGUGGCUAGAAUUUAUAAAGCCAGGUACUACCCUCAGUCUUCAUUUGUUGAUGCUUCUACAGGUAGUUGUCCCAGUUUCUGCUGGCGAAGUAUUAUGGCGGCCCAUGAGUUGGUAUGUUCUGGUAUACGAAGAAGGAUAGGGAAUGGUAUAUCAACCUUAAUUUGGGGGCACCCAUGGCUUCCUGAUGAUCCUGAUCUUUUGGUUCAGACUAAAAUGCCCCAGGGAUUCGAUGGUUCCUUGGUUUCUAGUCUUAUUGACCCAGCUACUAAUUUGUUGGAUCAGGCCAUACUGCAGGAUAUUUUUCUACCAAUUGAUGUGGAACGCAUUCUGAGCAUCCCUAUCAGCCUUGACCAUGAAGACUCUUGGUAUUGGCAUGGAGACCCACGGGGUUGUUAUACUGCUAAACAGGGUUAUAGAUGCAUUUGUGGCGAGUUUGCCAAUGACCCUGGGCUUUUGAUAAAUGGUUACCUCUCUGGAAGAUUAAAUCGCCUCCCAAAUGGAAGGCUUUUCUUUGGAGAGCUCUCACGGAUGUUCUUCCCACCACUACAAAUAUGA